GGGGCCCGGUGGGGACGUGUCCCUCUGGUCCCCGCGGGGGUGGCCGGGGUCUCCCCCACUCCCGAGGGGAAGCCGGCCGAGCGAGGCGGGAGGACGAGGGGGGCCUGGGGAAGUCAGAGGUCAGCCUGGGGGUCAGGAGACGUCAGAGGUUAGCAGGCGGGGCUGGAACGUGGCGGGUCCCGGGGCGGUCAGGGGUCCGGAGGGCUCCGGCCGGGGCGUCCCGGAGAGGUCAGGGGUCGGGCGCGUGCCCCCCCCGCCACUCCCGCCUUGCAUGGGGGUCCCCAGGCUGCUGGCGGCGGCCGGGGCCCUGUGGCGAGCCUGCCGACCGUGGACGCCGCUCCUGGGACGGCGCCACCUCGGUUUGUCCCCCAUGGCCGGGAACGCGAAGUCCCCCGCUCCCGUGGUGGCCAGGCAGGAGCAGGAUAAGAAAGCGCGGUGUGGCUGGCAGGGCGGAGCCAGGGUCUGGGAGGAAACCGAGCCGCAGACCAAAAAGCUGAAGAGCUGCGAGGACGGGGAGCCACACAGGAAGCCGCCCAAGCGGAAGAUCGUGCUGCUCCUGGCCUAUUCCGGGAAGGGCUACCAUGGCAUGCAGAGGAACGUUGGAUCCUCGCAGUUCAAGACCAUUGAAGACGAACUGGUGUCCGCCCUGGUCCGGGCAGGCUGCAUUCCCGAAAGUCAUGGCGAGGACAUGAAGAAGAUGUCGUUCCAGCGGUGCGCCCGCACAGACAAGGGCGUGUCCGCAGCCGGCCAGGUUGUGUCCCUGAAGGUAAGGCUCAUUGACGACAUUUUAGCAAAGAUCAACAGCCACCUUCCUUCUCACAUCCGGAUACUGGGACUGAAGCGGGUCACAGGUGGCUUCAACUCCAAGAAAAAGUGUGAUGGCAGGACCUACUUCUACAUGCUACCCACGUUCGCUUUUGCGCACAGGGACCAUGACGUGCAGGACGAGACCUACCGGCUGAGCGCAGAGACGCUGCGGCAGGUCAACCAGCUGCUGGCUCGCUACAAGGGCACCCACAACUUUCACAACUUCACCUCGCAGAAGUGGCCCUGGGAGCCCAGCGCCCAGCGCUACAUCCUGGACAUGUUCUGCGAGGCGCCCUUCGAGCGGGACUCCAUGGAGUUCGCGGUGAUCAAGGUGAAGGGGCAGAGCUUCAUGACGCACCAGAUCAGGAAGAUGGUGGGCCUGGUGGUGGCCAUCGUCAAGGGCUACGCCCCCGAGGACGUGCUGGAGCGCAGCUGGGGGGAGGCGAAGGUGGACGUGCCCAAGGCGCCCGGGCUCGGCCUGGUCCUGGAGCGCGUGCACUUCGAGAGGUACAAUCGGCGCUACGGCAACGACGGGCUGCACGAGCCGCUGGACUGGGUGCAGGAGGAAGCGGAGGUCACUGCCUUCAAGGAGCAGCACAUCUACCCUACGAUCGUCAACACCGAGCGCCAUGAGAGGUCCAUGGCCCAGUGGCUGAGCACCCUGCCCAUGCAUGACUUCAGUGCCACUGCCCAGGCUGCAGCCAGUUCCGGUGCCAAGGUCCCCAGCCCCCAGGAAGGGGACGGACACAGCGACUGAGGCGGGGCCCCGUGGAGCAUCUUGGCCGUGGCUGCGACGUGUGUGCCCGGAGCCGGCACUGCUGUUUUGUCCACGCUCUGAAUCUGGAGAGCCUGGAGAGCCGAGAUGUGGCCUCGUUACCUCAGGACCUGAGACCCACAUCGUUCUGUUUCCCUCACAGGGAGAACCUGCUGCAAUCUGUUUUCAGAUCAGCGUGAACUCUGUCCACCUCAGCGUAUAAAGACACUAUUUUUUAAAGAAACACUUUUCUUAUUAAAUAAGUACAGACUUUGCUUAGUCA